UUCCUUUAAAGUGCUUCCUGAAAAAUACAAUUAAAGGUCAUUUUAUUCAACUCUUUCGAUUUGGUUCGUUUUUUCAUGUAACGCCCAAUUGACUUCAGUCCCAAAAUGUUAUUUUUGAUACUGCUUACUACAGCAUUCUUUCAAGGUAUUGUCAGCGGUGCUUUAGAAGGAAUUGAGAGUAAUCUUUGUGAGAAAGACCCUUUCGAAACAUGCAGGUUUGAAAAAAAAGGUAAAUUUCCAGAAUCAGCUGCAGAUGUUGACGACUUAUGCGAAGAUUUGGUACCCUUUCAUCAUUGCAUUUCAGAGUUCCUAAGAAACUGCGACACGGAUGAAGGAGAUGAUAUCCCGUAUCGAGGAAUUUUCGAUUUCGGUGCAAUUUUAAUGCUGUGCAACAAGGAGUCACCAAUUUACCGAGUUCUUGUCGACAACAUAAAAUGCAUUGCUGGAGUCUUUGAGCCUACCGAACCUUAUCAUUUCUGUUCAACUCAUCUUGCAACUCUAAUGGAAGAAACUCCAGAUAUCAUUGAGAAAAUGCGUGAACUCGUUACAGGGGAUACAGAUGAAAAAAGGAGAGAAUUAGAAAACUGUUUGGAAAAUGUACUUGAAGUUGGGUGUGUAGCUACGUCAUUAUCCAAUUCAUGCGGUCACGAUGCCUUGAGUUUAUUCCUGUGGUUAGUCGAAAAAAGUAGACUGACAAAAGUAGUAUGCCAUGAAGAACACGAGACGGUGAUUGAAGAAUUAGUGCAACUGAUGAAGUUUGAAUUGAGAAAAUAAGAAAAUCAAUACAGAUUUCAGAGUUUUUUUUAUAAUUACAUGUACUAAAAUAUAAGCUAUUUUUAUUGUUCUCUCAUCUAAAACCUAAAAUAUAAUUGCAACUCCUUUCGUUGGAUGUUUGUUCACAAUAAAGUUCUAAACUUAUA